CAAUAAUAAAUAAUUAAAUAUCAUGCGAAUGCGUACAAGAGUGCAUGUGUUUUGUUGCUGCACCCGAGCCUUUUUAUGCGCUCGAGCCAUUGAGACGUGUGCAAGAGUGCAUGUGUUUUGUUGCAUAAAGGAAGAAGAUAAUGCAGUAAACCCUUUUAGCAAUUUUAGCCCCACUGCCCGGCAAACACUGAAAAGUGAAAGUAAAAACCCAAGGAAUAUAUAGCCUCCCAAAUUUCUCAAGCUCAACCAUGUCCACCCCCGGCGUGCACAUCGCCGUUUAUCCCUACCCAGCCGCCGGCCACAUCAUACCCCUCCUCGACCUCACCUAUCGGUUACUCACCCGUGGCCUAACCGUCACCGUUUUAGUCACCCACGAUAACCUCCCUUUGCUUGACCCCUACCUCUCCUCCCACCCAUCUUCUCUCAACCACUUGAUCCUCCCAUCCCCUGACAUGGCCGCUCCCCAACAGAAGAGGUUCUCCGCUAACAUGCGCGCCCUGCGUGACCUUCACUAUCCUAUCCUCCUCCACUGGUUCCAGUCCCACUCCUCGCCGCCUGUGGCCAUUCUCUCAGAUUUCUUCCUCGGCUGGACCCACCACCUCGCGCGUGAGCUCGGCGUGCCACGUGUCGUCUUCUCUCCCUCCGGUGCCUUUGGGAUGUCGGUGGCUUUUUCCAUGAGUCGCGACCAACCGAAAAACGAUGAUCCGGAGAACAUCAAUUUCCCAGUUUCGCUUCCGAGAAUCCCGAAUUCCCCUGUUUACCCUUGGUGGCAGGUCCCCCAGCAGUACAGAAUCGGCCAAGAAGGAGACCCAGAUUGGGAAUUUUACAAAAGCAACAUGCUGGCCAAUACCGUGAGUUGGGGAUUGGUGUUUAACUCGUUCGCGGAGUUGGAAGGCGUUUACUUUGACCAUUUGAAAAGAGAGCUGGGGAAUGAUCGGGUGUGGGCAGUCGGACCUGUAUUGCCUCUGGAGGAGGUGGCUAACAGAGGUGGGGCCAGCUCUGUGCCACGUCACGAGGUCAUGACGUGGCUGGACUCUCGUCCCGACAACUCGGUCGUGUACGUUUGCUUUGGGAGUCAUGCGGUGUUGAAUAGCAAGCAAAUGGAUGUGGUGGCUGCCGCGCUGGAAGUUAGCGGGGUCCACUUCAUUUUGUGCGUGAAGUUUCCGGAUGCGCAUGGCGAGGAGCCCGGCGGCGUGAUUCUUGAUGGGUUCAAAGAUCGUGUGGACGGCAGAGGUCUUGUGAUCAAUGGGUGGGCGCCGCAGGUGGCCAUUCUGAGGCAUCGAGCCGUGGGUGCGUUUCUAACUCACUGCGGGUGGAACUCGGUGUUGGAAGGGAUUGCCGCCGGCGUUGUGAUGCUGACGUGGCCGAUGGGUGCAGACCAGUUCUCGAAUGCCAAGUUGUUGGUGGACGAAUUACGGGUGGGAAUCCCAGUUGGUGGGGCCACUCAAAACAUCCCGAAGUCCACCGAGUUGGCUCGACUAUUGAGAAUCUCGGUUGUCAGAGAUAGGCCGGAGAGGGUCCGAGCCAAAGAGCUAAGUGAUGCAGCCCUGGCUGCCGGUAGAGGGGGAAGUUCACAUCAAGCUUUGGAAGAAAUGGGGAAGCUAUUAGUUGAUUAUAAGAAGUAAUUUAUUUUAGUAUUUUAGCUAGUUUAUUUUUUAUUUUUUUGGAUUUUGUGUCUCUAGUUUCAGUUGCCACUGAAUCUUCCUUAUGUUUUGUAACGAGACUUGCCCUAAAUUAAAGUGAAAUAUUGCUAAAGUUGAAAUCCUUGGAACAAGA